UGUUUUUAUCAGUGUAAGGUAAUUCUUGUCCCACAAACAUCAAAAUACCGACGCAAGUCGUUAUAUUCUGCUCUGGAAUCUGUUCUGUGAGCUUGCCAAAAAACAAAAAUCAAGCAACUUAAUUGUUAGUAAUGACAGUGAAAAUGUCUAACUUAAAACUCCAGUUUUAUAAAAGAUAACAGAAUAUUCCCCUUUUUUUAUAUAAACCUGCAUCUGCAGAUGUCCGUCGAACUUUUUCGAGUAGUUAAUGUAGAUCCCAUCUUCGAUUACAGUACUUAGGUAGGAAUGGAAUAUAACUGUCAGCUUAAAAACGCGAAAUAUUCUGAAGAUCCGAGAUUGGACUUGGAGUUUCGACAAAUUCUGUGUGUAAUCAAGCAGUUCAUUUUGCAAAUAAACUCGACUCGCCAUCUAUCUUUGUGCCGAAGCUGGCUAGAAAAGCUCAAUUUAGAAACCUGCAAUAAGAAUAACCGAAACACAUAUUUAAUAGAAUUGGCUAAACAGAUCCAAGCUAACGCAUUAGCUCCGCCUUUUGACCAGGAACCUUGCUCAGGUCCUUUGAGACCCUUUCCUGAAUAUUCAGUAGACAUUUGUCAUAAUAUUCGAGAAGUUCAUUCAGAAGAAUUCCAACCUAAUUCAGACGAAGAUUUUUAUACUGCUCCCAUAGAGGAACGGCCGAGAACUGUCCAAUGUUAUACAAAUACCCCUCCUGCAUGUUUUCCUCGAAGAAAGGCCAGAAAUUAUAACCAAAACAUUGAAAGUAAAGACAACUUAUAUUACCCUUGCCAAGAAGAACCAUUUGUUAAGAAACUCUCAGACGAAAGCUCGUGGUGUGAUCUAACGGAUAUCAGUAGCACUUCCAUAAAUCCCGUAGGCGCUGGGGAUGCUAGAGCAAAAUAUUUUUACCAUAAACCAAUUAUGGAUGAUUGUAAUAAUGAUGAACCAAAAAAACCUACCGGGUCAGACUCCCAAGAUAAGAAACUAUCUCUGAAGGAAACCAAGUUCAUACCAGCUGAUUGGAAGGUGACCAUAGAGUCUUUACAGUUAAGGCUUACGGAAACGCUAGGUCAGAAUAAUGAAUUAAAAAGUUUAGUUGAAGAUUUAAAUUCAAAGCUAGCUAAUGAAAAACAGCUAAGGCAAGAACUUGAAGUUAAAUUAAAAAAAUCUGAAGUACACGAUAAACAAAUUGAAAUUACAACUGAUAAUCAAUUACACACUAUACAAAAAGCAUACGAAUCGGAAAUCGAACAACAUUAUGAAACGUCAGAAUUGAAAAUUGAAGAAAUAAAAGCCAGUUAUGAAUUAAAAUUGAACCAAAUAAAAGUAGAAAACGAGACCUUUAAAACAGAAAAGGAAAAAGAAAUCAGUAGACUAUCAGAAAUUAUACAACAACAGUGCUGUAAAAUGACUGACGAAAUCUUCAACUUAAGAAAAGAAGUAGAACAAUGCAUCGUAACAAGAGGCGAUGAUAAGAUAAAUGUCCUAAAAAAAUGCAUCUCAAAAAUGGACAAACUCUUUCACAAAUCAGAAAGGGAGUACCUCAAACAAAUAGAAAAACUCAAGCAAGAUUUAGAAUUGAAAGAAAAGGUACAACAGAUUCAAAUGAUAACGCAAAGGGCUGAGAUUGCAGCACGUACCAGUGCCGAAAAACAAAAACAGGUUGAUGAUAUUAUGAAUAAUUUGGAAGUUAAAUACAUCAAAAUGUUGGAGUUUCAUGAGAAACAGGUCAUGGAUUGUAAAAAGCAUGAUGACGAGCGAAUCGAAUACUUGUCUGAACUAUUGAGAAAACAUAAUAUUCCAUUUAAUAUUUUUUGAUGUAUCCGUAAUAAAAUGUGUGUCUAUAGAAUUUAUACAUUGAGUACUUAUCACUAAUACAUCAUGCAAUGUAGCUUAAAAUUGUAAAUAAGGAUUUCUUCUGAAUGUAGUUUUCUCAUUCUAUAUCAAUUGAUUUAAAGAAUACAUUUUUCCUUUUAAAGUGUAUUAAAAUAUGUGUAUCUAAUAGUGGAAGUAGAAUCUUAAGUAUUUUUAGUUGCUUUUACUAUUAUUGAACAUUUUCCAAAAAUCCAAGCUCACGUAACACGGAAAUAUACGUCACAACACUACAUACAUUUUGUGAUUGAAAUCAAUAGAGAAUGUGGUGAAGAAUAUCAAAUUUGUGCAAACUUUACUGAUAUUUUUGUAGGAUAAAUUAUUUUAAUUAUUAAAACGCUACUUUCUCAAAUUUAGUUUAUAAAAAAAAUAUAUAUUUACAAUGGACAAUGUCCUUAUUUGUUUCUUAUGUGACAGAUCUACUAUUUUAGACAUUUUAACAAUAAUUUCAAUUAUACAGGAUUCUCCAAUAUCAAAGUUAGGUUUUUUAAAUAAAUUUUAUAGUUGAAUUGUUUUCGCUUUUCCCAUUAUUACAAUAUAUUUUUCAAAUCAAAAUAAAUACAGGGUGGGUCAAAACUCAAAUAGAUCAUUUUCUCAUUUUUUAAAUUGACCAUCCUGUGUAUUGUGUCACAAUUUAAAAGUACAUUAAUUAAAGUUUCAAUUGAGCUAAGCAUUCACCUAUACCUAACAUUAAUAAUUUUGGGAGAUUUUUAAAUUUAACUGAGAUAAAGAUAAUUCACUAAAAUACUUUAAUUUUAACUGGUUACAUUAUAGACUGUUAAUUGGUAAUUGGAAUUUAACCACCUAUAAUUAAUUGUUAACUGAAUAGUUUUUGACAAUACCUAAUGCGACUUUUACAUAUAGUAAAAAAAUAAAAAUACCAACCAAAAUCUUCACAUAAUACAUACUUUAUUUUAAAUCUAUUAAGUGUUAUUUUGACAGAUUUUAUUUAAGUAGAAAAGUUUCUCUAAGUAACCUCGUAUAAUAUUUAAAGGUCUAAAGGUGGUUUUCAAAGGUCCAAUUUACAUUCCUAAGCAUUUAAGUAACGCUCGAACUGCCUCUCUUAUUCACGAUUAAAGGUCGUAUUAUAAAACUGGCUAGACUUUUUUAAAAACAAAUAUCGCAACACUAAUGACGUUAGUAAUAACGAUCUGUCAGUAUUGAGAUUUCAAAGUCAACUUAAAAAUAUAAUCAACAUAGAAUAGAGUAGGUAUUAUAAUGGGGUUAGUCUAUGAUUGGUUGCUAUAGCGCAAGUAGAAGUUGAAAAGGCUUUUGGUAGGUAGCGAGGGGGUAAACGUCAAACUACGUCGGACGGAUUCGAGAAUUUCGCAGUAAUGUUUACCUGCUAGUGUCGUUUCAUAGAAUAAGUAAUUUUAAAUUGUUACCGGCGGAACUGGACAAUCGCAUGUAUUUAUGGACUAUAAAUAAUUAUUAAACAUGUAUUAUAAUAUUCAAAUCAAAUUUUACAAAAUUUCAACAGCUAUUAAGAUCUAUAAAAUAAUUUUGUACGCCAAUGUAUCGCGUCAAUUUAUGUGUAUAAAGUGGGAGAACUGGCAAAAGCCUUUCCAACUUCUUCUUGUGCUAUACUGGUAUUUAUUGUUAACUGAAUUUUACAGUCCUAUUAAAAAUUGUCAAAAACUUAUUCAGUCGAUAAUAAAUUACAGCUGGUUGAAUUAAUAUUACUAAUUGACAAAAAGUCUUAUUACCUGUUAACCAGUGACCAGUUAAAAUUAAAGUAUUAUGUAAAUUGUCUUUUAGUCAUUUAAAUUUAAAAAUAUCCCAAAAUUACUAACUUUGAGUAUAGGGAAUGCUUAAAUCAAAUGAAACUUUAAUUAAGGUACCUUUGAAUGUUGAUAUAAAAUAAUGGGUGGUCAAUUAAAAAAAAUGAGAAAAUGAUGUAUGAGUUUUGAAAAAAGUAGUGCAUCGAAUUAAAAUUUUUCGAUUAGUAUAAAAACCUUUUACCGCAAAAGUACUGGUUUUCAAUCGUUUCUUUUACAGUAUACAGGUCAUUGAAAUCAAUACGAUUUUCAUAUGAAACUGGUUACAGGGUGGGAAAUACCCUUAAUAAUAUCUUACUAUUUGGUAUUGUUAUAAUGGGAAAAGCAAGGGAAAUUCAAAUACAAGGUGUCCCAUUUAAAACAAAAAAACUAACUUUGAUAUGUAUCACUUCCUUGGAGAACCCUGUAUAAUUGAAAUUAUUUAUUAAUUCUUGUCAUUUCUGAUAUCUCGCUGUGAAAACGGAUUAAAAAAAAUAGUUUUGGCUCUACAGACUGAGACGUUAUCAUUCAUUUAUUAAAAUAAAUUUUAACAAUUAUAUUUUUCUUGAUUUGUAAAUUUUUAUAACGAGCAAUUAAAUACUUUGAUACUGCUCACUAAUAAACACAUUUUGAAUACAAAAAUUCACAGGAAAAACUAUCUUUACCAUUUGUUUAAUGAUUAUAACCAACUAUUUAGAAAAAAAGUUGGUGUAUUAAUUAUUGUAUUCUACAGUAUGUUAUGUAUCUAAGAGUUAAAAAAAAAACUUAAACAUACGUCGUGAAAAAAAAAACGAAUCGAGUGUUUUUGUUUUGUAAGAGAAUGGACCUUCUCACAAGUCCCCGAUUAGUUACUUUUUUAGGCAUGGAGAAACUUUAUGACCGUAGUAUUAAAUGUAUUAAGAGUUAAAUGGUUAUUAUGUUGAAUAAAUAAAGAAACAAUUGUUUCAAAAUACAGUAACGUUUUCUACGUUAGGCUAAGAAUAUAUUAAUUCGCUCUCAUAUAAUUUAGGUUUGCA